AUGGAGUUGAAGUUUUGGGCAUGCUGUGGGAUUGCUGUUAUAGUCUUGGUCACUUUGGUGCCGGAGGGAUGGGCUCAGGAUUCAUCUUGCCUGAACGAGCUCGCACCUUGCCUGAACUACCUUAAUGGCACCCGAGACCCUCCUGAUAGUUGUUGCGACCCUCUGAAGUCGGUGAUCAAGUCGAAACCAGAAUGCUUGUGUAGUAUGAUCAGCACCAAAGGCACCAGCCAGGCUAGGCAGGCCGGCAUCAAUGUGACCGAGGCCCAGCAAUUGCCUGGAAGAUGUGGACAACAUGUUAACCCUCUCUCCUGUCUUUCAAGUCCACCCAACUCCAAGGACUCGGUUCCAAAUUCUGGUAGCAUCUUUUGGUCUCCAUCCCUGAUCAUGAAAGUGGUUGCAGCCUUCUCCAUGAGCAUUCAUAUCCUGUGGGGAUCAAAGAAUAUUUUAACUUGA